UGGGGCACCGCCGCCUUUACCCACGGCAACUACGCCUGCUUCGUCCUAUUUUUCACACCCUUCUUGUCUGCUAUCGUCGGCGUCCUACUCUACGAGCUCUGCAUUGGCGUCCAUCUGCCCGGUGCUGGAGAAAAUUCCAAAAACUACGCAAAGACGCCCGAGCUGCCGAGUUGAAUGGAUGCCCAGUCGCCCCUUCCCCCCGGUUCAUCUUGAUGUCACACAAGUAA